AUGUCACCACAACAGAACCAGACCUACAGGAUGUCACCACAACAGAACCAGACAUACCGGAUGUCACCACAACAGAACCAGACCUACAGGAUGUCAUCACAACAGAACCAGACCUACAGGAUGUCACCACUACAGAACCAGACCUACAGGAUGUCAUCACAACAGAACCAUACCUACAGGAUGUCAUCACAACAGAACCAGACCUACAGGAUGUCAUCACAACAGAACCAGACCUACAGGAUGUCACCACAACUGAACCAGACCUACAGGAUGUCACCACAACAGAACCAGACCUACAGGAUGUCACCACAACAGAACCAGACCUACAGGAUGUCAUCACAACAGAACCAGACCUACAGGAUGUCACCACAACAGAACCAGACAUACAGGAUGUCAUCACAACAGAACCAGACCUACAGGAUGUCAUCACAACAGAACCAGACCUACAGGAUGUCACCACAACAGAACCAGACCUACAUGAUGUCACCACAACAGAACCAGACCUACCGGAUGUCAUCACAACAGAACCAGACCUACAGGAUGUCACCACAAAAGAACCAGACCUACAGGAUGUCAUCACAAAAGAACCAGACCUACAGGAUGUCACCACAACAGAACCAGACCUACAGGAUGUCAUCACAACAGAACCAGACCUAUAGGAUGUCAUCACAACAGAACCAGAUGUACAGGAUGUCACCACAACAGAACCAGACCUACAGGAUGUCACCACAAAAGAACCAGACCUACAGGAUGUCAUCACAAAAUAACCAGACCUACAGGAUGUCACCACAACAGAACCAGACCUACAGGAUGUCAUCACAACAGAAUCAGACCUACAGGAUUUUACCACAACAGAACCAGACCUACAGGAUGUCAUCACAACAGAACCAGACCUACAGGAUGUCACCACAACAGAACCAGACCUACAGGAUGUCAUCACAACAGAACCAGACCUACAGGAUGUCAUCACAACAGAACCAGACCUACAGGAUGUCACCACAACAGAACCAGACCUACAGGAUGUCAUCACAACAGAACCAGACCUACAGGAUGUCAUCACAACAGAACCAUACCUACAGGAUGUCACCACAACAGAACCAGACCUACAGGAUGUCACCACAACAGAACCAGACCUACAGGAUGUCAUCACAACAGAACCAGAACUACAGGAUGUCAUCACAACAGAACCAGACCUACAGGAUGUCACCACAACAGAACCAGACCUACAGGAUGUUACCACAACAUAACCAGACAUACCGGAUGUCACCACAACAGAACCAGACCUACAAGAUGUCAUCACAACAGAACCAGACCUACCGGAUGUCACCACAACAGAACCAGACCUACAGGAUGUCAUCACAACAGAACCAGACCUACAGGAUGUCAUCACAACAGAACCAGACCUACAGGAUGUCACCACAACAGAACCAGACCUACAGGAUGUCAUCACAACAGAACCAGACCUACAGGAUGUCACCACAACAGAACCAGACCUACAUGAUGUCACCAUAA